GAUAAAAGAAACUUUCAGGAGUGUGAGUGUUGUAAAAGUUUGCGAAUUUCCUAUUCACAAAGCAACCCUUGUGGCCGUUGUGGCCGAAUAUGAUUGCCAACUACAAAAAUGGAUUAUUUAAACUUAAUUAAACCUGCAGUAAUUAUCAAAAAAGUAAAAUGGAAUGAAAUCUUUAUUUUAAGGUGUUUUAUAGAAAUUUAAAGAAGAGUAGCAAUAAAUCCGUUGAGAAUAACAACUAAGACUCUAUGUAAGAAAGGCUUACUAAAGUCCUACAACUACAUAAAACCUGGUAAGAAAAGGAAAUUGUGUUUCGGGAGCCUUAAGUUAGAGUAAUUAUCAAUAAGACUUUGUACUGUUCUGCAGGCAGUAAAGUGAAAGCUUUAAAAAAGCUCACUCUUUUUAACCAGUUGACUCUCGAAGGUGAUUUUGAGCCCUCAAUCGUGUUACUUUAGAUAUGGCGACUGUAAUUAGCAUAUCAUAUUCCAAUGUAUAUCAACUUAAUUAUCUCUUCUUCGCUAAACCAGCGCAUUCAGUUAACUAUGGCAACACUGCAUUACCAAAAGCUUAACUAGCAGGCCUCUAGGCGCUUCGGGAUUUCACUUUAUCUACAUGCCACUGUUACCGUUUUUCAACAAUGACAUUCACCACACUCUGACUCCAACACAUGCGCAACUAAAUUCUACCAACGCCGUUGGUGAUAGGCGCUCGUAGCUUGGCACGUGUACGUCACUCACACUCCCAGCAAAUGCAGGCACCUCAAAUUACUCUUACUCCCUGUUUUCACUCUCCCUCUCAUUUCAUUGAGUUCGCUUUUAGCGCUUUAGGAGCAAAAUAUUCAACCGGUAUUUAAACACAAAACCAGCUGGAGCAAGUCGGCAAGCAAACAAAUCAGCGAACAAAGUGGAAGCGGGCGCAUAAUGCAAGGCCGCCAGCGAGUUUCACUCAAAUUUAAUCUAAGCCUACUUAUGGCCUACAAUGUUUGCAUGUAGCGCCUGCCAGCGAGAGGUGAAUGUCCUGAAAUGCCAACAACAGGCGCUGUUACAUAGCGUACAUAGCAAAGCGCUCCCGAUUCAUGUGAAGCAUAAUGUUCGUGAUGCUCACGUUGAAAAAGGUCAAUCACCCGACCUUGGGGUGCGACACAGUUGGGCAACUCGUGGCAUCAAUAGCUUCAUCAUUAUGACGUAGUUAUAUGUAUGGUAGGCCAUUAUUGUAUAUAGUAUUUGCGACGUAAUGGUCAUUAACAAGUGUGGGUGUGUGCCUCUGCCAAAUACAAAUGUAUACAAGUAUGUACGUGCUCGUAUAGAGAGUAUAUGAUUGUUAAGGCGAGUUCAUUGACCUCGUUUAUAUGUAUUUCGACGCUGAAUAUUUUUCGGUUGCUCCAUUUGUUCAGCGAUAGUUCGACGAGGAAACGGAAGUUUCCGAAUUUUAAAAUUCUUAUUUGCUCAUCCUUUUUGUAAUACACAUACAUAUUUGUAAAUAUAAAGAUACGUAUGUGUAUGAAGCAUAUUAUACCUAAUCAUAAAAUUAAAAAAAAUAGCAUAAAACUGUCUGAAACAAAAUGUCAAAAUUUUUAUAAAUGUGAAGGAUUCUAGAUUCGAGAGAAUGAAAACGAGUAAUAAUAUAUAUUGGAGAAUACAAUAAAAAGAAAUUAUACUCUUGUUCUUGUUCUCUUACCAAGACAAUUCCUACUACUAAAUCAGCAAAAUGAAUAUAUUUCACAGCAGGGUAUAUUAAGUCUGCAAUGAAGUUUGUAACAUCCCAAAGGUUAAGUUGGAGACCCUAUAAAUUUUGUAUAAAUAUAUAUUAGUAUGAUGACCCGAGGUGGUUUAGCCAUGUCUGCCGGUACUUCUGUCUAACUUAUAUACGCCAACUAGUCCACCAGUUUUUGAGGUAUCAAUUUGAAAAUUUGCAGAUGUCAUUUUCUCCCCACAAAGGUACUUUAUUUUCGGAAUCGCCCAUAUAUAGCAUAUAGCUGAUAUACAAACAUAAAUCUUUGGAGUGGAAUAUCGGGAAAGGCUACGGUGCAGUUUCCGAGGAAAUUGUUCAGAUCAUAUCACCAUAGCAUACACGUACCUGUCAUGCAAACUAACCGAUCAAAAAUAAAACGUUUGUUUGUAUCACCUCAAAAUAAUCGAGAUAGGAUUAUACAUAUAUGUAUAUGUAUAUACAUAAAAUAUCAAGAAGACGAGACGAAUUGAAAUCCGUGUGACUCUCCGUCCGUUCGUCCAUGCACGCUGUCAUUUGAGUAAAAAUUGAGAUAUCUUGAUGAUACUUAACUUGGCAAAGUAUAUCGCAAUAGGACGGCAAAAAAAAUAUAAAAAAAUGGGUGUGGCCAAGCCCUCUAACAGGUUUAGUCUACAUGUCUCUUAAACCAGUAAAGCUAGAAUAACCAAAUUCACAAAGCACGAUUCCUAGAAAAAUCCGUACCGACACCGCAGAAAUAGGUUAAAUCAGAUGAUAUCCCCGCAUACACUCCAUAUAACUAUUAAAAGCGCGAUAUUAAAUACGCGAAAGACAUCAAAUUUUACCCUAGUCAAAAUUGGACGAUGGUCUUUGCUCCGCCCACAUCUCGGUGAAGAGCCAUAUCUCAGGACCUACUCAACCAAUUUCGACCAAACUUGGUAUAUAAUGUUAACCUGACAUUUAUAUUUUCCAGUGCGAAAACAAACGAAAUCGGACUACAACCAAGUCCUCUACCGUCUACGUCUUCUUCCCAUAUAAACAAAUUUUAAAUUCUUUAUUUUGAUCGAAUAACGCACUUAAAGUAAAACACCUUAUGACCAAAUCCAAAUCGGAUCAAGACUAUUGAAGCUUCCAGAUACCGAAUAAGUGAAUCAAAGUUCCGAUUGCGAAUCCUUUUAUCGAAAUUAUCGGUCAAUCUGUGAGAUAUAUUAUAUAAAUCCUGAGAGAAUUCUUGUCUAAUAAUAAUAUGGCUGCAUGUAAAAAAGGGUUGAGUGGGAUAAGUAAUUUUUUAGCCCCCAUAUACUUAAUAGAAUGCACUUUCAGUUGACUUCAUCAACAAGAGUCGGGGGAAACUUACCCUAGGCCUUACAUAAUUUACAGCCAUUGCACUUGAAGAUAUUUCUCUGGUUUUGAUACUGAAAAGUUUCAGGAGUAUGAAAUGCUCGGAUACACCUGACCUUAGCCUUACCUUACUUGUUUGAGUAUCUUUCGAGUACAUGUGAGCUUUUUUUCAAUUGAGUAAUUUUAGAUUUCGACACUUAAAGGCCCUCUUGCGUUUCAAAGUUCGCCAAAGACCGCUCGUAUGCGGAUACCAACGAUAGUGAUGAUCGGGACUUCGGUUAAUAUACAUAUUAAUGAUCAUAAUACCGAACACUUUAAAUAUAUUGUCAUAACAAAUUGUGACAAAAAAACAAAAUUCGCUGAAGGAGCUGAAGGAGCUGAAGGCCAUACCAAAAAGUGCUUAUGAAAAGUGUUUCAAGAACUGGAAAAAUCGAUGGCAUAAAUGUAAUACAUCUGGUGGGGACUGCUUUGCAGGCGAUAUAAUUAAUAUUGAUGAAUAAUUAAAUAUUUUGCGUGUUCCUUACAAUUUUCAGGUGCUUUUUUGUCCCAAUGUAUAUGGUGUAAUCUUUUUUAGAAAACAGAGUGACUAUUUUUUCUAAUCACAAGUGGUUUCCUUUUGCUCUCAAUAAUAUCUACACCUCUGAAAAGAUUUCCAAAAAAUUAAAGUUUCAGUAUCAACCAUUAUAAUAACCUGAUAAUAUUGAUUGCUCAUAUAUUAUCUUGGAAGAAUCCAACAGAACAAGAAAGUAAACUGAACAAGUAAAGAUGUAGUAAUCGCUAUAUUUCCAAAAUUACUUAAAAACUAAAAAAAUAAAAACGUUUGCUCUUAACUCUUAAUUAUUCACAUUAGAUUUCGUUUAACUUCGGCAAAUUAAGUCACACGAGAACACAGCUGGUCGAUGUGUUAAGGAGGCUUGUUUGCCGAUAUUUAAGAAUAAGCAAUAAAUACGAAGUAAAUAAAAUUAAUAUUUACCGGUUGUCUUUGGAAUUUGCAUAAACGGCAAACAGAGCUAUAAGGAAAACAAAACAAAAACAAAAAAACAACUAAGAAGGUUGACUUAAACAGCAAAGUAAAUAAACCAGUUAGGCCAGGUCAUUUUAAUGUGUAAAUACAUUUACAUACAUAUAUAUGUACAUACUUAUAUAUUUUCACUUAGAUACACGUUUUAUUGAUACAAUUUUAUAUAAGAAGUUUAUAUUCAUUUACACAAACACUAUUGUGGAUAAGCACAUAAAAAUAUCAAUAUUUAUGGAUUGAUCGGCUCGACAAGGCUGCCUCGCGGAUGAGAGUUCUAAUUGUUUAAAAUAUAUAAAUUCAAACCAAAUGCAAAUUAAGUUCACAAGCCCUUAAUUCCUUAGCCAUCCAAUUGAGCGCGAUCGCGUGUUUCUGCAGUGCUUGGCGAGAGGUCGAAGCUGUCACAGUCUCUUUUUACAUAUUUCUUAUCAAUAAUAUUCUUUAAAACAUUCUUUUGGUUUAUUAUAUAUUAUUUUUGUUAAACUUAAAUCUUAACAAUGUCUAAAUCUCUCUCUUGUUCUACUUUACAAAACGACGACGUAAAACGCGACUCGGCAUUGAAGCCUAUACUCUACUCGUAUUGGCGUAGUUCCUGUUCGUGGCGGGUGCGCAUCGCCCUCAACUUGAAGGAAAUACCCUACGACAUCAAACCCAUCAGCCUCAUCAAGUCGGGCGGUGAACAGCAUUGCAAUGAGUAUCGUGAGGUCAAUCCGAUGGAGCAGGUGCCAGCGUUGCAAAUCGAUGGCCACACGCUGAUCGAGUCAGUCGCCAUUAUGCACUACUUGGAGGAGACACGUCCCCAACGUCCAUUGCUGCCACAGGACGUGCACAAACGAGCCAAAGUGCGUGAAAUAGUCGAAAUCAUCUGUUCGGGCAUACAACCACUGCAGAAUCUGAUUGUACUCAUUCAUGUCGGCGAGGAGAAGAAGAAGGAAUGGGCACAGCAUUGGAUCACGCGCGGAUUCCGCGCUGUCGAAAAGGCGCUCUCCACCUCGGCUGGCAAAUACUGUGUGGGCGAUGAGAUUUCCAUGGCCGAUUGCUGCUUGGUGCCACAGGUCUUCAAUGCAAGAAGAUUCCAUGUCGAUCUACGUCCAUACCCGAUCAUCUUGCGUAUUGAUCGUGAAUUGGAGGCUAACCCCGCCUUCCGCGCCGCACAUCCAUCCAACCAACCAGACUGUCCACCGGAGUUGCCAAACAAAUAGAAUUUCCCGUCAACAACUGCGAAGCGCCGCAAAACCAAAAAAUGAUCGCAAACAACACAAUAACAACAACAAGAACAAAAGUAGCAGCAGCACCAUCAAGCAUAACCGAAACACCUGGCAGACGCCGAACCCAUACAACGGCGCACAAAUUGAAAACAAACGACAAAAUGUGGCACUUUCAAGCAGUUGAAACAAAUCUGACCAAACGAAGCAACGGAAAGUUGCAAAUUAAAUAAAGAAAAAAUAACAAAAACCACAAGAUAAAAUUUUGAAAGACGAAUUGGCAAAACCUUGAGACAUAUUAAAUACGUAUGUAUAUCUAUAGAGAUAUUUAAAAAUACUUGAAACUUGCAAAAUUCUGCAAAACCGUUAAAUGGAGAUCAGUUGUAGGAUAAAGAGUCCACAAAGUGGCCCACCUAGAACCGCUCGACAACUAAACAAAAUAAGCAUAUAAUAAGUGUAUGAAGAAAUUGUGAAGUGCAAACUCAAAGAGUUCAUUUGGAAUGUGAGAAAGCAUAAAAAUUUGAUUUAAAAAAAUAUUUGGCAACAAUUGUGAAAAUUAUCUAAAAGAUAUGAAUACGUAUUUUAUAGAUUACACUUAAACACACACACAGACACACACACACAAAUAUAUUAUAAGCAUUACUUAAAAAAGUAUGUAAAACUAUAAAAGGU